GGACGCACGAGCGCGAGCGACGCCGCUCGGUUCUCUCGGGCUUCUCUCCCGUGCUCGUCUCCUCCUCUCGAUCCCGAAGCAAAGGCCCGCGGUUCCUUCGCGAUUGGAGCACGCGCGCUGAACGAGAAACGCGUCGCGGCGGCGACUCGAGCGUGCGUGCGUGCAAGCGUGCGUGCGUGCGUGCGUGCGUCCCGGAACGGAACGGAGAGCGUACCCGUGGUCGCCCGCGGGGACCGAGAGGCGAGAAAGCGGAAAAAGACAUAGACACGCGCACACACACACACACACACACUGUCAUGGCGUUAACGUUAACGACGCGUGUCGAGCGUACUACGCGCCGUCGUCGUCGCGAGGCGAGGUGCCGGUAAUAUACAGUAACGCCGGGUAACAUACAUAGGAGAAGGACGUCGACGAUCCGUCGUCCAUCCGUCCGUACGGGGAAAAAGAAAGAAAGAAUAGGAGAGACGGAGCGUAUGUGUAUAUGUGUGCGUGCGCGCGCGCGCGGGUGUGUGCGAGCAGCACGAGCAUUGUCAGUCGCGCUCUGCUCCGAAAUCGUCGCGGUCGAUCCUCUCGUCGUCGGCAACCUCCUUUCAUCCGCGACCGAGAUUCGUGCGAGACGGCGCACGAGACCGAGGAACGUCACAUGCUAUGCGACAUCCCCCGUUGUUCGUCCUCCGGUCGUCGUCGAUCGCGAAAAACGAACGCGGCAUCGCUGCCGCCGCCGAGUUGUGUCGCUCGCGAGCGCGCGCGAGAAAGAGCGAGAGGGCCGCCUCCUCUCCCUUUCUCUCUCCUUCUCUCUACCUCUCUCGCUCUCACGUAGAGAGCGCGAGCACGCUUAACCUAAAACCCUCUUCUCGGCUCGUCUCGUUAUCGUCCCGUCCCGUCUCCCUCGUCACCGCGGAUCCCAUCGUCCGGUGCGCGUUUCCUCGAUAAACGAUACGGCCAACGUGCGAAGGAGGCGACGCGUCGAAUCGAUCGAGACUCGAUCAUCGACGCCGUUCAAUCGCGAACGCGACAGACCGAGACGGAGCCGCGAGUCCGCGCGAGACUCUCUUCUUCGACGUCCCGCCUACCAGGCGAUGCUAAGCUGCCAUCCCUGUUGCGACUCGAGUGUUCGCGAACGCGCGUGAUAGUGACUGGUGCUCUCUUAGCGGCCACCUGGACGAGCAUUCGGUGCUAUUGUGUGAUUAUUUCCCUUCUUCGCUCUCCUCGAAGAGUAUCUCCCCCAGGAGUAAACUAGAACUCUCUUCCUCUCUCUGCCAUUAGACUCUUUCUUCCUCGUUGUCUACUUGGCGAGUUAAUGACGACUGUGAUCUCUGUGAUUUUCGGAACAGAAUUGUUUGUCUGUUGAAUGAACUAGAAAUAAGAGAGUUUACAGUGGACAGUGCAGUAAUUUAGAGACCAGUCUUGGAUGGAACUGUGCAGUUAAGGAACCUGUGUUAAAUGGUGUAUAUAGUGUAUGUACUUUUCGGUAUCUUGUGUUGCCUGCCACCAUAGCUGAAGUGAGAAUUUCUCCUCGAAGACCUGCUUUCUGUGGAGCUUCGCUAUUGUACAGUCUAUCAAUCGUAUCAGACUAAUAAUGGUGAUGACAUGUUGUCGUGAAAUGAUUUGUAUUUGGUCAAGAGUCAUCACUGAGCUACACGAUGGAGGAAUAGGACACAUUCAAUGAAAAAAAAAUGCCUAUGUAGAAGAACACAUGUUCUGGGAAUUGAUGGGUAUAUGCUUUUCCUGCAGGAGACCAACCAGUGGCAGGUUGAACAGUAAAAUCUCUGAACAUAUCUCGGCAUCAGUAACCCCUCUCCAUGUUUGUCUGGAAGAACAAAGAGGACCAGAACUGGGCUCAUGUGACGCAUCGCAAGCUCACAGGCCUCAGGUUAAAAGGACCUCUAAGAAUCAAAAAGCAGAAGAAAUUCCCGAAGAGGUGGCAGAGGGUAGUUCGAUCGAGAUUGAGGCAGGAGAGUUAAGACAGACUAUGGCCAACACUAUCAGCAACAUAAAGAUGACCAACCCUUUAAGGGGGUUUGUCAGCAAACAGCGUAAACGUUUCAUAGCAGAUGGUUUUAAUCUUGAUCUCACAUAUAUAAAAAAUAAUUUAAUAGCGAUGGGUUUUCCAGCUGAGAAACUGGAAGGAGUGUACAGAAAUCAUAUUGAUGAUGUUGUUAAACUAUUAGAAUCCAAACAUAAAGAUCACUACAAGAUUUAUAAUUUGUGUUCCGAAAGGUCAUAUGAUUGCAAUAAGUUUAAACAAAGAGUAGCCACUUAUGCAUUUGAUGAUCAUAAUCCACCAAAACUGGAACAGAUCAAGCCUUUCUGUGAGGACGUACAUUUGUGGUUAUCUCAACACAAGGACAAUGUAGCCGUAGUUCAUUGUAAAGCGGGGAAAGGUCGAACAGGCGUAAUGGUGUCCUGCUACCUACUUCACAGCAAACAAUUUCUUAAUGCCACUGAAGCUCUUAAUUUUUAUGGAAAUAUACGCACUCACGACAAGAAAGGUGUAACUAUACCGUCGCAGAUAAGAUACGUGGAUUAUUAUGCCACCAUUGUCAGAGAGGGUCUCAAUUAUCAACCAGUCACAUUAAUAUUGCGCAAAAUACAACUGGAUCCGGCUCCUAUUUUUAAUGGUGGUCAAGCAUGUCUGCGUUAUAUAAUCUCGGAAUCAAACAAAAGGAUAUUUUCGGGUGUUUACGAGGUUCGGAAAGGUACACCUUCUAUAUGUAUCUCCUUACAACACAGUGUAGCUUUGACGGGUGAUAUAAGAGUGGAAUUUUUCAACAGACCAAAAGUGAAACCGAAGGAAAAAAUGUUUCAUUUCUGGUUCAACACAUUUUUUGUUCGUGAAAAAGUAAAUUCCGAGUAUGAUAAUGGCGAGUUAUUUGUUGAAAGAGCAACGAGGGCAUUGAGCUGUGACGGCACAGCCAUGGAGUGUCCAAUGGUUACGUCGCAUGUGAAAUCCAGAACGGGCUCAUUGGCGAGCCUUGGUUCUAUGCCGCCUACUCUCGUUUUACGAAUAGGCAAAUCUGAGUUAGACAAAGCACACAAGGAUACAAAUAACAAGUUGUACAGUGAAGAUUUUAAAGUGAGUCUAUUUAUGCAUAGCGUGGGCGGAAGCACAUCGCCGGCUGUGCCAGCGACGACGAACAGAAGCGGCGAUGGCGUGCAGUUGGGGAUGGGCGGGCAGGAGACGCCGAGCGAAUCGAGCGAGGCGGAUAGCAGUGAGUGCGACACCACUGGUGACGAGGACGGUUGGGAAUCCGGUGAGUCCUCUGCAUCCUUGGUGGUAAACCACCACCAACACCAUCAUUCUAUUACACACAGCGGUAGCCGUACACACGUUAGCGGUCUCCGUUCGUGUGUUAAUUUCAAAGAGACCGCCAAGGGUCUGCUAUCACGUGGUGACAAAAGUAGGAACAGUAACAGGCAGAACGUCGCCGGGGCAAGCGCAAAGCGUUCUUCCGCUCCGUUCGCGCGCUCGGCCGUUCUUGACACGUAGUAGUUUAAUAAACGCUCUCGGUACUUAAGAACACGAUCUCCGAUGUUUCGUGUUCUCGCGGUGUCGCGACGCGGGCAUUUCGUAUGAUCGCGUGUGUCUGCGCGUUUUUCAUUGUUCUUUUUCCUUCGUAGAAUCGCGUUACGCGCGUUAGACGGCUUGGCGCGAAUAAAAUGACGAUUAGAAAUCGGAGAGAUACGUUUUCGCUGUAAUUGCCGCUCGUUACGCCGCUCUUCCUUCAUGUCGUUGUUUCAUUUUUCAUUCUUUUACUCCUCAUUUUCUCUCACUCUCUCUUGUUCUCUUUCAUUUUUUUUUUGUUAUUAUGUCGUGGGACCAUGAACUUCAUUUUUCGUAUUGACGAUUUGUGUCUUACGACUAUAUUACGAGUAUAUAUUAUUAACUGUUAAUCGAUUCUUCGCGUAAUGCUCGAUAAUAUAGUUAAUAUCGUUAAUGUGUGUGCACCAAGAGUAAAUUAGUUAGUAAAUUGUUUAGUUUGCCAUGUGUAGAAUUUGAUAAUACAGAAAUCGAUAAGUAGCAACGAAUUAAUUGUGAUUUUAACAAUGGUAGGAGACACACAUUUUUGGGAUUUAAUAACUGAAUAUGUAAUAGCAAUCUGGCUUUCGUUAUUUUUGACGAAGUUCUAACGCAUUCUAUACAAAAGGAUAUUUUUGAUUAAAUUAUAUGAUACGUAUCGUGUUUUUCGCGCGCUUUUGCAAAACGGAUUGCAAAUAGGAUAGGCAUUUACCACAGUGAAUAGACUUUUGAAGCAGACUUUUGAAGCAGACUUUUAAAAUUGUAUAGGACGCAAAUAUAAUAUAAGUGCACACAAAGUAAAUCAGUA